AUGCGUCACGAGCUCUUCCGGAGCGCCGAGACCAGCAAUGUCUCCAAUUUGCGCUUCUAUGUGGCUCUUGGCAGCUUCAUCUGGUUCGUGAUAGUUUGGAGUGUCUGCGCCAUUGGGUUCACACAAUUAUUCCGCUAUUACUGGCGAAGACCAAAGCCGGCAGCAUGCAUAACGUCUAUGAAGGAGGAAGACGUGCCUCAUGUCACCGUCAUUCGACCUGUCUCCGGUCUCGAUCCUCGCUUGUAUGAAUGUCUGGCAUCGAGUCUACGCCAGACAUACCCCAAGCGCAAGAUCAACAAUGUCUUCUGUGUCGCCAAUCGCUCGGAUCCCGCACUACCUAUCCUCGAACGUCUCGUCCGCGACUUCCCAGAUGCUGAUGUGCAGAUCACGGUCGAGGAGGAGGACCCACUGCUCAAGAAGGACAGGAAUGCGCUUGGACCAAAUCCCAAGAUCAGGAACAUGAGUCGUGCCUACCGAGAGGCCAAAGGCGAUAUCGUAUGGAUCCUCGACUGUAAUGUCUGGGUUGGGAAGGGUGUUGGCUCCCGGUUCGUCGAUUUGCUGUGUGGAUACAGUAGGGACAAGGGAGGAAAGAGGAGGACCAAAUUCAAGUUCGUACAUCAGACGCCACUUACCGUGGAUCUGGACUCGCAGAACUUGUCCUUGGAAGAGAGAAAGGAGUUGCUGAGCGGGAGGCCAGAAGAACGAGAGAAUGUAACAGCUGCCGCCGCAAGCUUCUCAUCAAAAUCCUCCGGCAGCGCGUUCAAGAGGCUCUUGCAACGUGGGGGUGGACGCCUCGACGAAGCCUUCAUGUCCUCUGCACACGCAAAGUUCUACCAGGCCAUCAACACCGUCAAAGUCGCUCCCUGCAUCAUGGGCAAGAGCACCAUGUUCCGCCGCUCGCAGCUCAACUACGUUACCUCUUCGAACCCCAAGUACGCACCCGGUAUCGACUUCUUCUCCGACAACAUCUGCGAAGACCACCUCAUCGGCGACGCACUAUGGAAGCAACCACAAGCAUUCGAAAAGCGCGAUUACAAGCCUGCGCCAGGCGAAUCAAAAGUGAAAUGGGGAAAGCAUGAGAUGCUGUUCGGAGACUUCUGCUUCCAGCCUAUAAGUCACACGUCUGUGGCUGCGUAUCUGGAUCGCCGUAUACGAUGGCUGCGAGUCAGGAAGUAUACGGUCACUCUAGCGACUUUUGUGGAGCCCGGCACGGAGAGCAUGUUCUGCGGUGUAUACGGUGCGUAUGCACUGACCACAUUGCCGUGCUUCCGCACGUUCAUCAGCCCGACCUGGACGUCAUUCCUCCUGAUUUGGCUGCUGCAUAUGAGUGCUUGGUGCUUGGUCGACUACGUCCAGUACCUACUUUUGCACUCUGCAAAGACCGUGGAGAUCGAUGAGGAUACACCGGACUUCGUCCUACCUCAACGAUCGAACGCGGCAUACCACCGCGCUGAGUCUCUCAAGCCACUACUAGGGAAUAAGACGCCGGGUGAGCCGAGUUUGCUUGAUGGUGCAAGGCGAAACUUCCGCGAGUUCUUCUACGCAUGGCUCGGGCGAGAGUUCUUCGCACUGCCUGUGUGGGUCACAGCCUUUUGGGGCGGUGCAACGGUCGAGUGGAGAGGCAGGAAGUUCUACGUUGGGCUGGACACCAAGGUCCGUGAGAUCAUGCCUAAGGAGAAGAAAGACGUCAAUGGCGGUGAAGGCACAAUCAAGAAGUAAGACGACCCAGAGGUCAUGGGCUCAUGAUAUGAUCGAAAAAACACUCUUGCAUAGCGUGCGCAUAUGA